UAGCUAAACUAAACGACGUAGUUUUAGUAGUCGGAAUUCCAACGGGGACGGCGGCGGCGGUAGGUGGGGAUAACUUGCAGAAACAGGCUCCGAAAGUUCCUCUCUAUCACAUUCCAAAACUGUGCAGUUUCCCUUGUCCUCGAAAUCGCCGUCUACCAAACUCGAAUCGCCAAAAUCCUCCGGCCACCCUUAAACCCCUUUCUCUCUUUCUCCGUUCGCCGCCAUAGCCAUGAGCUUCACAUUUGCUUCCAUGUCUUCACCCUCUUCUUCUUCUCUUUCAUCUAUCUUUAUUUCUUCUAAAUCGAAACCAGUUCCACCCCCGAAUCUCCGCUUCGUCGCUCCCCUUUCUCGCACUUCUGUUUCUUUGCAUCGUUUUAGGGUUAGGGCUUCGUCUGUUCCCGUUUCCAGGAACCACCCUGUUGUUCAAUGCUUCAAGAACUACGCCAGAGCUGCGAUUCUCAUUGGUGCUGCCGCUACCAUGGUUGGGAAAUUUUCGCAUUUGCCUGCCAGAGCGGAGUCGCCGGUGGCUGUAGAGGAGGAAGCUUCGAGAAUGGAAGAAGAACAGCGGAUUGUUGAGGACUCGGACCAAGACGGGCAGCAAUCCUCACCGUUGAAUGAUUUUCUCGAAUCGAAUUCUGAAGCUGUUGAGGCUCUUAAAUCGCUCCUGCAGCAGAAACUUGAAAAUAGCGAGGAUGAAGAAGCGCUGAAAAUCUUGAAUCAAUUGGUAUCUGCUCAGUCGUCGGUGACCGAGUGGAAAUUUCUCAAGGCCAGAUUGCUCGGCGAAAUGGGCAAAACGGAAAAUGCACGAGAAGUUUUCGAAGAGAUUUUGGCUGAGAAUCCGUUGUCAUUCGAAGCAUUGUUUGAAAACGCAUUGUUAAUGGAUCGUUGUGGGGAAGGGGAGGCAGUGCUCCUGCGCUUAGAACGGGCUUUGAGAAUUGCUGAAAACGAAAAGAAGGCGAAGGAGGCCAGGGAUGUGAGGUUGAUAAUGGCUCAAAUACAGUUCUUGCAGAAGAAUGUAGAGGGGGCCUUGACGAGUUACAAAGAAUUGAUCAAUGAGGAUCCUAGCGACUUUAGGCCAUACUUCUGUCAAGGAAUGAUCUACAGCUUGCUUGACAAGAACGAGGAAGCCAGACAGCAAUUCAGCAAGUACAGGGAGCUCUCACCAAAGAAAUUUGAGGUUGAUGGGUACCUACGGACUCCAUUGUCAAGGAUGAAAAUCUUCGGAUCAGAUGAGAACUAAAGGAGGGCUCUUAGAAAAUGAGUAAGCGAAUAAGUUCAAUUGCAGGAUGAAAUAGGAGCAAAUUGAAUCUAAUGAGGACAGGUUUUUUCCUUUCUUUAAGCAUAAACUUCACUAAUAUAUGCAGUUUUGUUUGAUGAUACUGUAUUAGACCUAUCAAAUUAGUUGAAUAAAUGCAGAAAAGCGCUUAGUAGUUUAACA